AGCUGCAAAAACAGACACGGAUUCAGAAAUAAAGGAAAGGAAGAUAAAAAAUUGCAGUGUUUGUGUGUUAGUAUGUGUGUGUUUGUGGUCCAUUGCUUGUAUCCCCUUCUUUUCUCUUUAAACUCCCUCCCCUUUUUUCUUCUAUAAUUCUUCCACCACUCCUCAAAGCGCUUUUGGAAUCUUCUCUUCUCUUCUCCAUCACUCCCACCAGCUGGUUUUUGUGGGUUUCUGAUGGAUGUUGGUAAAAUUGAAACAACCCAUCAGCAGAAACAGAGGGUGGUGAUGGAGAAGGGGAGAGUGAAGGAGGCUAUGGUGGUGGUGGAUGAAGACGGGGAAUAUGAUGAGGACAAGAAGAGGAAGGGUGUGAUCGUCAGUGUUGGCGGUGGUGGCUCCGGGAAGAAGGCGGCGGGCGGCGGCGGAGGGAUGCGGUGUUGUCAAGCUGAGAAGUGUACGGCUGACCUGAGUGAAGCCAAACCGUACCAUAGGAGGCACAAGGUCUGUGAGGUUCAUGCCAAAUCUCAGGUUGUGCUUGUGGGUGGGUUCAGGCAGAGAUUUUGUCAGCAAUGUAGCAGAUUCCACGAGCUGUCCGAAUUUGACGAAAUGAAAAGGAGUUGCCGGAGGCGUCUGGCCGGUCACAACGAGCGUCGAAGGAAGAUCUCGGCCGAGUCCAAUGCUGAAUGCUCCAUCCGCAAAGGGACUGGUGGAGCACAGAUGAAGGAUAGUAGUGUCUGUGGACAGGCUGAUGAUCAGGGGAGAAUUCAAAUGACCAUUCAAGAAAACGCUGCAUACAAGCACUUCCAAAUCAGAUAAGUUAUGAACAUAACUCAAUCUGCUCAGUAUGCUCUCUCUCUUCUGUCAUUCAAGAACUGCUGUAUUAUGUCCCUCCCAAGCAGGCUCUGUUGAUGCAUCCUGAUCUACAUGAAAGAAUUGCCUUGUUAGAGGAUUAAGCCAUUAAUAAUUAAACUCAAGAUUAGCCAAACUUUGAUCAUUAUCUGUCCUGUAAUAUGUAAAAGAUCAUCAAUCUAGUUCAGAUUGAUCUGUUUCUUUCUGGUUCUAUCAUCAGCUGCUUAAAAUUACCUGAAAUAAAAAGUACCUGCGUCAUGUGUCA